AUGAUUGCGACAUAUGAAAAGCUUGACAGCCCGGUCAAGGCCCGCGAGCACGCUUCACUGCUCAUCAUUAUCUCUCCACGCGCCCCAGAGGGGUACCUGAGAUUGGCCAAGGCCCUGCGCCUGUGCGACACUGCGCAAUCGCCAGACACAACAGCACGCUGCAGAUGGAUCUACCGCCAGGCUAUUGAGAGUGUGCAAGCAUACGGCAACAAGGACCAUGACAAGUUGAAGGUUCUGGCUGGUCUGUUGCGCAGAGAUAUCAUUGGCUCACUGCCAGUUGAACUGCGAAAUAUAAUCCUUGGAAACUUGAGCAAUGCUGAUCUGUGCCGUUCCAUGAGAGUCUCAAAGUCCUGGAAGGGAGUCUGUUUAGACCCAACUCUUUGGAAGCAUCUGACUAUUGUCAAGAACUGGUCUGCAGCGAAACCUCGGCCUCUCCGGAAGCGCGCUUUCAACAACAUCAUCACCAAGCGCGCCCAGGCCAAUGUCAAGAGCCUGACUUUGUGGGGCGUGUACGAUUUCGGCAUUAGCCUCGAAACCUUCAAGGCCACCCUCAAGGUCUUGGAUCGACUGGAGUUUCUCUCUCUCAAAGGCACAGACGGGGUCGAUGGCACGGAUCUGGACUUCCCGGGCGCACCUCCUUGCCACGAGUGGUCCAAAUCCGUGUUCGAGGGAGCUCCUCCAUGCCUCAAGACGCUUCGUCUUGGAGGCUUUCGCACAAUGGACUUACCCCCUGAUUGGCCCCUGCCUUCAAGGAUUCCGAUGGCACAGUCUCUGGAAGAGCUCAGUCUUGGCCACUUGACCGGCCGCUCUGUAACCCCGAGAAUGUUGCUCUCAACAGUCUGGCCAAAGUUGACAAAGCUGAAAAUGGUGCGGACUAAGGAUCAUUUUCCCUUGAGGGUUGACCUGGAAUUACUUGCCAAGGCCACGCCUUCACUCAAGGAUCUAUGUAUCCGCGACCCGCUUGGUUGCAGCAAAGCCUUCUCUAUGCCGGUGUCGUGGGAAAACCUGGAGCGACUGGAACUCACAAUGCAGUCGCCCAAUGACGGGGUGCAUCUGGGCGAUGACGUGUUGAUCCUCCCAAAAUUGCCUCCUACAACUCGAUCUUUGGUGUUUCCCAGGAACGCUAUAAGUCUGCUCGGUGCUUAUCGGCAAUUGGCUCAAGAAGAGCCAGAUAUCAUCCAAUACAAUGCUUUUCUUACACAACUAGGACACCCGCCAGUCUCUGACACAGGUUUCCAGCCACCAUUGACGGAACUCGAACGACUCGAGCAUUUGUGCGUCAAAGAUCUAGGCGCUCUAUACGAUCGUCACAUCAAUUUCGAUCACCUGUCUUGGUUCCUGGAAUUUAUCAAGCCAAGCAUGACCAACGGUUCUCUCGCUUCACUGGCCAUCACCUUCUGCCCAGAAACACGGUUCAUGUUCGACAAGGUCCUCAACAAGAAAGCCAUUCACACACUCAGUUGCUUCAGCUUCACCGAACAGAGCACUGUUGUCUCGCAAUGCGGCGACACCUUCGUUCAUUGGCUUGAAGGCUUUCCGUACCUCACCACGCUGGGCGUGUUUCCGCAAAAGUUCGAGGGCUGCUGGAUGCUCUUGUCCAAGGUCCUGGCCAAGGACACCAGGAUUAAAACCAUCUACACCAACAUCCUCACCGGCGUGUGGCGCGACUGGAUCUUGGACAGGGCGAGGGAGAAGAGUGUCAAGAUCAUAGAGGCAGACAGUAUCCCGGAGCCCGUCCUCCAGCCGCUUGAGUCGGAGUAA